UAUAAUAAGGCAAUAUAUGUCAUAGUCUUAACCGCGAAUAACCUUAAUUUCCCGAUAUUUUGCUGAAAUGGCCAUUGUCAAAAUUUUAAUCGCUUUGUUUUUAAUUAAUACUGUUCGUGGACAAACUUUGGCCAAUGUGUACCAGCUGCACUCCGAUGUAUUUGCUAAUUAUAACAAGGAGGUGAUACCAAAUGCCAACCGAUCUAAUCCGAUGGAUAUUCAAAUAGGAUUCUUUUUAUUGACGAUUACAGAAUUCGAGGAGAUUGACGAAACCAUUGAGGUAAAUGCUGGAUUAUUUACAAGAUGGUACGAUGGUGGAAUAUCAUGGGAUCCGACACAAUACGGCGGGAAGUUCUCACUUUCUAUACUUCAAAGUAAUAUAUGGACUCCGCCUUUGGUUUUAGUUAAUAAUGUGGAAGACUUGAAACCUAUCGAAGGAGAAUUCCAAUUCAUGUCAACAGUAUUCUAUAACGGUUUAACAUUAUGGGCACCAGGGGGAGUUAUGAAGGCAAAGUGUACUACAGACAUAUCGAAUUUUCCGUUUGAUUCACAGACGUGCACAUUACAGUUUGUUACAUGGGGACUUACACAGGCAGAUGUAACGCUAUCUCUCGCGCCUACAAAUGCGUUUGAUCUGACUUUUUUUGUUCCAAAUUCCAACUGGAAGUUGACUGGUUAUCGACCGUACACCUAUAUUCUUGGUGGUUAUAGUGGAUUUAAUGUAGACAUUACAAUACAACGUGAACCUUUAUAUUUUCUUUUAAUGGUUGUUUGUCCAACCUUGUUGUUUAGUUUGUUGAAUCCUUUAGUGUUUCUUCUACCCGUUGAAUCUGGUGAACGGAUCAGCCUCUCCAUGACAAUAUUACUUUCUUAUGCAAUAUUUUUGACACUCGUCUCCGCCGCGAUUCCAUCAUCGUCUAAUCCUAUGUGCAUCUUGUUGAUAAUGAUGGUGGUAAUAAUUAUUGUUAGUGGGAUGAUUGUCUUUUCUGUUAUAAUAGUAUCUGCUAUUUAUUGUCGAGACGAAAAACAGAAAAUUAACAAAUUUUGGAAAGCCAUUGCAACUAAAUUUCCAUGGAAACGUGGCGAUAUCGAUUCUCAUACGGCAGAGGAACCAGCAAUAGAAGAAGCUACAUGGAGAGAUGUUUCUGAAAAGUUAGGUCUUCACAGGAAUAAUCUUGUACAACCCUUGUAUGAAACAAAAGACUCAGGUAAUACUCGGCAUGUUUCGGAUAAUACUCGACAAGCUUCGGAUGAACAUGGUGAAGAAAACAUUAAGACUGAAAACAAUUUGUCAAGGAGUGAUCACACCCGGAACAAUACGUGCAUUUCAUGGAAAGAUGUAGCACAUAGUUUAGAUAUGAUUUCUAUAAUAUCGUCAUAUGCACUCAUCAUCCUUAUUCUCGUUAUAUUUUUCAUAGUUGUAAGAUCUUAACAUUUUUUUUAAUAGCAAACGAAAAUGUAUAUUCG